UGUUCGGCGAUCUUCAGCCGGUUCUUGUUUCUAUUCUGACCUCCUUCUCUCUCAGCUUGUUCUCAAUUCAUUCUCAGUUCUCAGCAAAAUGUCCAGCCUGCUCUUCUCCCGCUUCUGCGCAGCAAAGUCGAUGCCGUCGAUGUUUACCGCCUCGGCCAGACAGAUGUUGAUGCGCACCGGCUCCCGCCAGACCAGCGGCCAGUUCUCGUCGUCCACCCUGCUCGCAGCCGGCACCUCUGUCUCUGCCAUUGCAUACCUGCAACUCAGCAAACCGAAAGUGCUCUGCGACUUUGCCGUCCGCAGCACCGACCGCGAUCUGUACACGGCCGCGCGCAGCGACGCAAAGGCGGUCGCGAACGAGGUGCGCAAGUCGAGGCUCGACUACCGCGAGCUGUCGAUUGGUAGCUUCAUGGGCCUCUUUGUCGGCUACCUCGUCGGCAAGCUGAGCAAGCUGCUUGUCUUUGUCAGUAGUAGCACAUAUCUGUUUCUCCAGUUUUUGGAAAGCAGAGGCUUGAUCACGAUGCCUUACAGCUCGUUGUACUCGUGGGCAAAGAAGAGAUACGGCGACAAGGAACUCAUCCUCGAGAAUAUCUCGUUCAAGGUCGCGUUCGCGCUCGCGUCCGCGGUCGCUGCCGCCAACGCCUAAACCAGGAUUACAACGUCUGCAAUGUUCCAGAUCGCAUAUAAAUACGUUUUGUCUUUUUAAAUGUCAUCUAGUUGAAUCGAUAUAUU